GUAAAGUUGGUGACGAGUGGUACUUGCUCAUGUAGUAUCGUUGAAUAGACCACUGUGCAAAGUAUUAGCUGCAGUCAGCAGCCUUACACCAACCAGAAAGGUCGGACGAAGCAUAUUUGCUUGCUUUUCUAUAUCAGUGUUUCACCGCGCGUCUUGACACGAUGACUGCUGAAAGUAAAGAUGUGACUUUCAUAAGGGAAUGGAUGGCUAAGGAGCCUUAUCUGCCCAAAGAUCUCGAUGAUUAUAUGAUAGAGAAAUUCUUGCAUAGCUGCUACGGGAGCCUGGAGAAAACUAAAAAGUGCAUUGAUAGAUUUUGUUCUACUCGAAGUCAGAUGCCUGAACUAUACUCUGGUAGAGAUCCGUUUUCGAAGGAAAUAGAAGAUAUUUUUAAUGUAACGCGUGUGUGUGCGUACAAAGCCGGUGAGAAUGAAAUACUGAUCCAUCACUACGAUGACCCAGAGUUAGAAAAGUUCUCCUUCUACGAUAUCCUGAAAACCCUCACUAUACAAGCCGACUAUUGGAUUAGAUUUCACAAUGUAUUCCCAUCAGGCCAUAUCGUCAUAUUGGAUAUGUCCUCAUUCUCCUUAAAAAUGAUCCCAAAAGCCAACAUCAUGUUCUUCAGAGAUUUUCUUUUAUUUCUUUUGGAAGGUAUGCCCGUACGAGUCAAGAAAGUAUACGGUGUGAAUGCACCAUCGUAUUAUGAUAAACUGUACUCUCUCGUCAAGCCCGCACUACCCUCGGAAAUUUGUGAAAUCAUCCACUUUUUCCAUGACUAUGAGAGUCUACACAAACAUAUCGAUAAGAAAUAUUUACCAGUAGAAUAUGGAGGUGAUGCUCCCAGCAUGAAGUCAGAAAAUGCAGAGUGGAUCAAGAAAAUUAAGGAGCAAAGAAAACUGUUCCUAAACGACAACCUGUGGAAAGCUGAUCUCAAAAUGAAACCCAAAACUGAUGGCAACUCGAUGAAUGGAUCAUUCAGAACACUUUCUAUAGAUUAAUUGUAUUAUAAAAUACUUAUUUAUAUGUUUUUAUAAUUGCUUUAAUUGAGCUGGUCAAAUAAAAAAUAUAUUCAUAAUUAAUAUGCAUUAUUAUGCUUACAUCCUA